AUGGACUUUGUGUUUGGCCUACCGCGUGAUGCGGCAGGCAACACUGGGAUUGUGGUCUUUGUUGACCGAUUGAGCAAGAUGGCUCACUUAGCGGCAGUGCCGGACUCCAUUGAUGGAGAAGGAACAGCAAAGCUGUUCAUGGAUCGUGUGUUUCGACAACACGGAUUGCCUGUGGCAAUCGUCUCGGAUAGAGACCCCCGUUUUACGGGUAAGUUUUGGACGUCCGUCUUUAAAGUGCUCGGCACUCGACUGGACAUGUCCACGGCGGAUCAUCCGCAGACCGAUGGUCAGACUGAACGUGUUAACCGCGUCAUCAACGACAUUUUGCGCAGUAUUUGCGCUGGUAUGCCUACGGCGUUGGAGCACAAUGCUCCCUCUGGUUGA